CAGCAAAGAACCCGCCCACAUCGCGCAGGGCGGGACUAGGCGGAGCUUGGCGCCCGAGGGCCAUGUGGCUGCGUUUCUAGGCGGCGUCCGGCAAAGUCUAUUAAGUGUUGAGGAAGACUUGGGUCACGUGUGAAUGGGAGCAGCAAGAUGGCACAGGCUGUGAGGGAGUGACAUGGUGGCAGUCUGGUGUUGGCUCCCCAGCAAAUUUGCAUUUUACCUGCUUUCCGCACUGUGUCAUUUGUGGGCUGAGGCACCUGCGAAGAUCAGUGCCUCCUCACAGGAGCCCAAGUGAGGAAACAGCCGAUCACCAAUGCAUUUGCAUAGGCCUCCUCUAUGGCCUGCUACGACUUCAGCAGUCUUUGGACGAUGGGGAGCCAGACCGACAAGGCACCCACCUCAGGCCCCUCUGGCCUUGGCCAGAGGACCAGGUGGGAGUGCGCUGGACUGGGCUCAUUCCUGGCAUCCUGAGGUCAUCGCUGCUCCUGCCUGAGGCCCUGUCCCUUGACUGGCGGCUAUGCUUUUAUGCAGGCCCUGGGGAAGAGAGUCUGGAAAGCCAGCCUCACAGGUAAUGAAAACAGACUGCUUCUGGCAAUGGAGUGGCUUAUGGCAGACCAAUGCCUGAUGAGGACUCAAGGAACUGGCCAUAAUUCAGAAGGCAUCUGCUUGUAGGACUGGAGCACUACCCUGGCACCCACAGCUCAGAGGGGAGCUUGAAGAGGUGAGUCCUAUUUCCUGCACUGGCUUCUCCCUUUGGGGCUGGGCAGGGGCAGCUGCUCAGAGGCAGAGAAGCCAGAGGAGCUCCGCGUGAUCUUGCGGGACUGGGGAGACUGAGCUGGGGGUUUGGGCCUGCUGAGGCAGUGGGACCUGAGGGCCAAGAUCCCUGAGAGGAAGGAGGCCAGAGAAGCAGAAAGUGGCUAAAAAAGCAGAGCUGGCUUUUUGGCAGUUUCAUGAUGCUAGGGAAGAGUUCAGAGCCUGCCAAGGAGGAAUGGCCCUAAGAAAUACCAGGCUCUCAGCUUGGACCUUUGGGGACCACAGGUAGAUUGGACUUUACAAGGACUGUGGAAUGAGUUUAGCGUUAGCUGAGCCCUGGAGUGGCUUGAGGUGGCCUUCCCCUCUGCUGCCCACCCUGGAGGGAGACACCAUCCUGAUCCUCAACCAUUCUGUCACACACAGUGCCUGACACUCUGUCAAGUUACUAGGCACACUGAGAAACAGGAUGGGGGGAGUGGGGGGGGAAGAGUGACAGACCCACAGGAAGUAAGAUAUUGGAGUUAGCAGACAUGGACUUUAAAAUAACUAACAUAUUGAAAUAGGUAAGAUGGAGAGUUUCACAGAGAAUUAGAAUUCAUAAAAGAUUAAAUGAAAAUUCAAAGUGCAAUAACUGAAAUUUAAAAUUCAGUAGGUGGAUUUAAAAGUAGACAAGAGACAGCUGAAGAAAGGACUAGUGAACUGCAAGAUAGAUCAAUAGAAAAUAUCUCUGCAAACCCCACCAUGACCAGCUCACACUAUCCUGUGAGCUUCCUUGUCCUGGGCCCUCUGAGCCCUUCUGUAGACCCGUUGGGCAGUGGCGGGGGGGCCUGCUGAGGAGACUUUGUGCUUGGGAGAGACUGAGGGGGCUUGGGAAUUUGGGGAUCGCUCUCCAUUGCAGCCUUGUUGGAAACAUUACCAGCACAUUGGGAGUCUAGUCAUUGGACCUCCAUGACUCUAGUGAAAUCUUUAAGGGUCUUAGGCAAAAGGGACAUGAGCUUGUUUGUGCUCAUGGGCUCAGGCUAAAGGUAUGCUAAUCUCUCCAACAUACACCUUAGAAAAUGCCUUUGGUGGGACGGGGAACCAAGGAAGGCUUGUCUGUGAUUUGCAAGGGGUGUGCACAUUGCUACUCAGGCUCGUGGACCAUGGAACCCGAGUGCUCCCUGUUCCACUGACAUGAUGGGCACUGGCGUAGCUGGGGGUGAGGGAGCAGGGUCGGGGCUGUGCUGAGCUUGACCUUGAAGCUGUUGUGGAUUGUAGCAGUUCACACGCAUGUUCUGAGAAAUUUUCCAUCCUGGGUUAAUGAUUUCCUUAUAAUGAACAGAAAUAAAUUCAAGAGGGAUGGUGAGCUAAGGUGGGGUCAUGGGCCAAGGCCAGUGGCUGAGCUGAGAGAUGACUGCUGACCUGCACAGGCGGUCUAACGUGGAUUAAAGCAAUGUCACAGCAAAGACAUCGGCCUUUUAUCUCAAGUAAAAGAUGGAAGCCCCUUUGUCCUCUAAAAUGCUCUGUCUUGGGGUCAGCAAACACCCCUUUUGAGGGGAGAGGAGGAAUCCAGGUCAAAUCUGGGUGAGGGAGGACACAACAGCCACUGGCUCCUGGGAGCUUCUGGUCAGCUCAGGACAAGUGCCCAGAAGCCACUUGGACGCCCUGCAGUGUCUCCUGUGCUUCAGGAGAGGAAGCCAUGCUGGGUUCUCUCUGGAGGGUCCAUGAGGAAGGGAUGUUCUCUCACAUGGGAGGUUGCGGGGCAGGAGGUGAGGAACAGGUGAGCACAGAGCCUUCUACCUUCCAGGCAUUGUUUUAGGCCUGGUCAGUUGCAUGGAUGAGAUAGACAAGGUCCCUGCUCCUGUGCAGAUUGUCUUCUAGUCCAGAGGCCGCCUUCAACCGGUGUAAGCAAGUAAGAGCAAACACUAAAACAAGGAAAACAAAUGAUAAGGGUCAUGGAAAAGAUGACAUUGGGACCACGCUGGUGGCAGGGUUGGGUUGGGAAGAGGGCAGCCUCCCUGAAGAGGUGAUGGUGAGCUGAACUGGAAUGACAGGGUGGGUAGCUCUGCGUGCAAAGCGGCGCCCUGAGCUGGCAUCGCACAAGUCCUGGUAGGCCCCGGCUUUCCUCAUAAGGACAAUGAGAAACCGAUGACAGAUUUUUAAAAAAAAUUAUUUAUUUGUUUGGCUGCAUUGGGUCUUAGCUGCGGCACACAGGAACUUCGUUGCGGCAUGUGGGGUCUUUAGUUGCGGCAUGUGGGAUCUAGCUCCCUGACCAGGGAUUGAACCCAGGCCCCUUGCAUUGGGAGCAUGGAGUCUUAGCCACUGGACCACCAGGGAAGUCCCCCGAUGACAGAUUUUAAGCAGGAGAAAAAGGUGAUCUGAUUGCACAUUUGCAAGAUGUGCUGCGUGCUGUGUGGAUACUUGGAUUGUGGGGAGAGUUUCUGGGAGCAGGGAGACCAAUGGGUGGAUUUGCUUGUGUUCAGCGAAGGACAGGUAUCACAGCUGCAGAACCAGAGGGGACUGUAGACUCAGGAUGCAUUUGGGGUGGGGCUGAGGGAAAGCAGGGACCCAAAUGAGCCUCAGGUAUCUGAGCAUCUGGGUGGAGGCAGGGCCAUAGUGGGAGGGGGGCAUACCCACUGUGUAUGUCAGAUCUAGAGGUUCCCAAACUCGCAGUUCAGAGCACCUCUAGUUAAGGUUCAAUAAUUAUUUUAAGGGACUCAUAGGCCAAAAGAAGUACCUAACAGUUCCAUUUUUAAAUACAUAAGUCCAAACAAGUUAAGUAUUGACAUCCUAGCAACUUACAGUAGAUAUUUGGAAAAUAAUGUAAACUUAAAAUUUUUUUCACUUAAUUUUUAAGUAACUGUAAUUAUGGGUGGAACGUGUGCCUGUCGGCUCUUCUUGAAUCUUGGAAUCAGAUUGGACACUGCCACCCUUGUUGCUUUUUCCACAUUGAUUCUUGCACAGUAAUUGCUUUUUCAAUAACUGCCAGAAACCUAGCUUUGCAGACAUGAAAUAGCGGAAAGGAGUGUAGCAAGAUAUGAUGUUGAAACCAUGAAGUGUUCAGAGGUGUUUAUUAGUAUCACCAUUUUCCUCAAAAGUAAAAGGCAUCCUGCUGUGCCUGCAAGUUCACUGUGGGCUGGGGGUUCUUCAGUGCAUUGUUUAGAAACUGCAGCUCUGUGCCCUUCCCUUUUCCCUCUGGGUCUGUGGACGUCCUCUCUCCUGGGCCACAUGUUGGUGUGCAAGUCACCCCCCACCCCCCACCAGUUCUUUGGGAUGGCUCACUGGGUCUUGUGGCACUCACUGUUGCCCUCACAGCCCAACAGCCUGCACAUGGCAAAUGUCCCUUUGAAGCUAUUGUGUUCCCACCUUCGGUGCUUAGAGGAUGUUUUUCUUUAUCCUUUGAUUUUAUUUAUUUACUUUUUAUAAAUUUAUUUAUUUAUGGCUGAGUUGGGUCUUUGUUGCUGUGCACGGGCUUUCUCUAGUUGCAGCUAGCAGGGGCUACUCUGUUGCGGUGUGCGGACUUCUCAUUGCGGUGGCUUCUCUUGUUGUGGAGCAUGGGCUCUAGGCGUGCGGGCUUCAGUAGUUGUGGCUCACAGGCUCUAGAGCACAGGCUCAGUAGUUGUGGCGCACGGGCUUAGUUGCUCUGCGGCAUGUGGAAUCUUCCUGAACCAGGGCUCAAACCCGUGUCCUCUGCAUUGGCAGGCGGAUUCUUAACCACUGCGCCACCAGGGAAGCCCUAUCCUUUGAUUUAAAACACCUCAGAACUCAAGACCUGACUCCAACUUAAUUACUUCAGUGUGAUGCAUCAUUUCCCCUUCCUGUAUCUGAACAGGUUUAGUUUAACUAAAGAGGGUGGCAGACUCUCAGGGUUGAUGUAAAAAUAGCUCACCCUGAUCAGAGAAAGCGGUCUGCUGUCUGCACCCAUUUCCCUGCUGAUGUGACAUUGAAAAAUGCCAGCAGCACUGGGCUUCCUCCCUUCCCUGGCACCCAUUCUGUCUCUGCUGUGGAGCUGGGUGCAGGAGGAGUGUACCCCUGACUCUGCCAUUGGUGUUGGGUUUGGCCCUGUCACUUGCUAAGACCAAAAGAAUGUGGGCAGAAGUAGCAACAUGCAAAUUUUGAGCCUAGGCUUCUGGAGGCAUCAUGUAUUUCUGUUCACCUCUCUGGAAGUUUCCACCUUCCACCAUGUUAGAAGAGCAUACCCUGGCUAGCUGAAGCCCCUUCAGCUUAGUGCCUCCCCCCACAGAGGGAGGCCCAGGGAGCAGAGCCCUCCCAGCUAACCUACAGACCUGUGAGCAUGAGAAUAAAAAAUGCAUACUGCCAUACGUAUUGAAUUCUGGGGUCGCUUGUUACACAGCAACAGCUGACUGAUACAAAUGGAGAAGACGUCCAUGAGGGAAAGUUAAAAGGGUGAUGGAAAUAUAACAGCUGUGAGAAGGUUACUGGUCUUAGGGAUAAGAUGAAUUUUUAAGAUGUGAAAUGAUUCUUCUGUAGAAUAAUGUUAUGUCUGUUGAUCCUUAAGACAAACCUAAGAGGAAAGCAGUGACAGUUUUAUCCCCAUUUUAUAGAUGAAGACAUUGAGGUUCAAAGUGGUUGAAGGUGCGGUGGGUGAGCCUGGUCUAGGCCCCAAAUCCCUGACUCCUGGGCCAGGCUCUUCCCAGCUGUGCUGCCUGCCUCUCUUGUGGGCCCGACUUAGAGCAACCAAUAUGGCAGCAGAGCUUGGCACUUCGUGAAAGUGAGGCCACUGUUGGGACCUUUCUUCUGACAGGUUGGGGAGGGAGGGCACCUCCCAGAGAAGGGGCAGCAUUUGGUUGAGAGGGGGACAGGGGUGCCAACAGACAGGUGCCUGUGUCCCACAUGCUGAAAACUGGGGGGUCUGGGUGUCUUCUGUGUGAGCCAUGGCUUUGCCGCCUACUGGUUUGCUCUCAUGCUCCCCUCAAAAGGUCUGGCAACUGUGUGUCCAGGAAAGAUACCUAUGGAAGAAAAGUGUCAAGGAACCUACACUGAAUACAUUGAUGGUCUUACCUGGUGGUUGGGGUCUGGAUUUUGACACACUUGAAGCCUCGGGGAUUUUAAACAGGAGAGUCAGCAAUCAAACCUUUGCAAAAGGCUGCAGUGGGGCUUCUGGCAGCUUGAGGGCCAGGCCACGUGGCCCCACGUUGUAGAUGCCUUAUCAGAGUACACACGAGCUGACUGGCAUUCCUACUGACUGCUGGAGCUGUCCGUCAGCAUGUUCUCAUUACUUCAGGGGGUUCUGCUCUUGUUGAAGUUGGUUUACUUUCUGAGUUGCUUUUAAUCCCUCUGUGUCCUACUUCAUGACCAGCUGACCACAUCCAUGGCACUUUGAUUUUGACCUUGGCUCCUGCUGACUGCUCCCCUCAGGCCCCUCCUGCUCCCUGACCCCCAGUCCCCCGUAGCCCUACACUCCCCUUAAUACUGCAAGACCCUUCCUUUCCAGAGAGGGACCCAGCCUUCCCAGUUGCAGGGCUGUCCUUGGAGACCACAACCCCCAACCCCAAAAUGGGGCAGAGCCCCCAUGGAUGGGGUGAUGGGCUGAAUAAUACCCCCCAAAAUAUAUCCAUGUCUUAAUCCCUGCAAACUAUGAAUUUCACACGGCAAAAAAGGAUCUCAAGAUGGGGAGACAGUCCUGGAUUAUCUGGGAGGACCCUAAACUCAAUAACCUGUAUCUUUGAGGGGGGAGAAUCGACACAGAAGAGAAGGCAAUGUAAUGAUGGAGGCAGAGACUGAAGUGAUGCAGCCAUAAGCCAAGGAACACCAGGAGCCUCCAGAAGCUGAAGAGGCAGGAAGGGUCUCCCCCAGUGCCUCCAGAGUGUGUGCAGCCCUGCCACACCUUGUUUCAGCUCAGUGAAAUGGAUUUUGGACUCUGGGCUCUAAGAUUAUUAGAGAAUAAGUUUCUGUAAUUUUAAGCCACCAAAUUUGUGCUGACUUGUUACAGCAGCCACAGGUAAUGAAUACAAAUGGGAAAGCCAAGGAUUCCAAAUGAAAUGACUGGACCCAAGGCCUGGCACAGACCCUCAGCUGCUGCCUGACAGUGUCCUUAUGACCCGGCCACUUCUGUCACCUGCGCGUGAAAUGCACAGGCUCUCCACGAGAAGGCUUCCUGCUGCCUUGCUGGCAAGUGAGGUGGACUCUGCGGCCCCUGUCCCUCCUUGGUGCCCGGUGCCCACAGCCCUGCAGCCCCCGAUGCUGCAUCUCAUGUGUGCCCUGUUGAGAGCCCCGACUCCUGGCCAGGGUGCUUGCAGCCCUCACAACUGAGGGAUUAGGAAGCAGGGGUUGGAGUUGGUGAGAGAUGGGGUCCUGGGAGAGCAGCCACCAUGGGCUCCAUUUGCAACAUGGAGUGUCUGGCUUUGGCUGCUGGCUCCAAGGUCACCUCAAGUCCUGCAGCCAGGAGUAGCCAGUGCAUCUGCUCCCCACCCCUGGGAGAGCAACUUGGGCAAAGGACACAGAGCCUUUGGCUUUUUUUUUUUUUUUUUUGACUUUUUAAAACCAAGUGCAAGUAUCAGGUGCUCUUUACAGCAGCAAGGACCUGUACCUCUUGAAAUAAACACAUGCCAGCUACCCACCUGCUGGGAAAGCCACACAGGCAGCGCUAUUGUUCUUUGUCCUCCAGGUGAUACCCUGGUAAAGGUCACAGCUGCCUAAACCUUUAAAACCCCAGGUGGGACAAACAUUUCCUGUGUGAGGAUUUGGAGCUGCAGCAGCUCACAGUUGUGUUUAUUAACACUUUGUGGAUUUUUUGUUAAAGCAGCGAAAGGAGAAAAUUGGUACCGAAGAGUAUCAAUUCUUGAUUCUUGGCAGAAUUCCUGUUGUCUUUGUGAAAGUCAAGUUUCAGGUGAGUGUGCCUGGUGCCCCAAGGGCUGUGUGACCCGUGGCCUGUGGAAGGUGGGUACCAGGCCCAGAAGCCCCGUGGAGUCCCUCUUGGUGACCGUGGCCACCCUGGGAAGAGCCCUGGCCAAUCCCGGAGGGGAGGGUGGCUGGAGCGGGGAGGGCGGUGAGCUGGUGCCCCACCCACAGCGGCAGGGGCUUCCUAGGCUGGCGACCCUCACAGGGCCUCAUCUGCUGGCAGGUGAGGAGUGAGAAGAUCCAGUGCUUGUUACUUGGCGCUUGGUGUCUGGCUCUGCACACUGGUGAGAGGGCUCAGAGGCUCACCCUGGCCUGCUCAGCAUAGCCCACAAAGACAGGGUUUACUCAGCCUUGGGCUCUACCAGCUCUGCCCAGCUGGACUCAGGGAGGCCAGGGUGCUGAGUCUGCCACCCUCAGGCCCACAUGUGAACAUUUCUCCUGCUUCAGAAUGAGGGGUGCCAGGCUGAUGGGGGUGCUGUUCGCCCUGGCUGGCCUGCUGCAGCAGGCCCUGUCCCUGAGAAUAGCAGCCUUCAACAUCCGGACUUUUGGGGAGACCAAGAUGUCCAAUGCUACCCUCUGCAACUACAUUGUGCAGAUCCUGAGUCGCUAUGAUAUCGCCCUCGUCCAGGAGGUCAGAGACAACCACCUGAUGGCCGUAGGGAGGCUGCUGGACAAACUCAACCAACCCGACCAGGUUUCCGUGCUGGACAGCUACCAGUACGAUGAUGGCUGUGAGCCCUGUGGGAAUGACAGCUUCAGCCGAGAGCCGGCUGUGGUCAAGUUCUCCUCCCCCUUCACACAGAUCAAGGAGUUUGCCAUUGUUCCCCUGCAUGCGGCCCCAUCGGAUGCGGUGGCUGAGAUCGACUCUCUCUAUGAUGUCUACCUGGAUGUCUGGCAGAAGUGGGACUUGGAGAACAUCAUGUUGAUGGGUGAUUUCAACGCUGGCUGCAGCUACGUGACCCCCUCGCAAUGGUCAUCCAUCCGCCUGCACAAGAGCCCCCGCUUCCAGUGGCUGAUUCCUGACACUGCCGACACCACCGUUACAUCCACGCACUGUGCCUAUGACAGGAUCGUGGUUGCAGGACCUCUGCUCCAAGGUGCUGUGGUUCCCAACUCAGCCGCUCCCUUUGACUUCCAAGCUGCAUACGGACUGAGUGACCAGACUGCCCUAGCCAUCAGCGACCAUUACCCAGUGGAGGUGACACUGAAGAGAGCCUGACGUGAGUGAGGCCUGGCUGGCGACCUCCGCUCUGCAGCCUGUUGCCAAGAACUGAGACGACACAGCCAAAGGCUGGGGACGGAGUUUAGGAAACCAGUGCCUGGUCCUGAGUUCCCCUGCCCCUCCCCACCACCGUGGCAGCUGGAAUUAGAGGAAGGGAACGGAAGGUAGACUUUUCCUCACUGUACCCACUUCCAUUGUAAGCUUGGAGGUUGUGUCACCAGAGCACCCCACCUUCUCAGUCUGGACAAAAAGUCUAAGAAAUACCUUUUAAGUAAAUCUCAUCUCAAAAGCA